AGCGAAGGCGGAAACAUGCAGAACCCGUGGAGCGGGAACACUGGUAACUUUCUUCAGACUCUGACAACCUUUCUUGCCUUUGUGCUAACUGAAGGAUUGACUGGAGUUCAGGGCAAGGAACAGAAGAGAUUCAGUGUACAAGAGCGCCCUCUUCAAACUCUGUCUCACCCUGAGCUGGUCCACCCGGUCAAAGUGGACCACCUUGGCCGUUUCUUGUCUCACGAUGUGUCCCACCAGGUGAGGCGUCUGCAUCGCCGGGAGCUGCCGGCAGAGCGGGGGCCCGGCACGGCCGUUCACUAUAAGCUCUCUCACAGAGGACGCCAGCUGCUCUUCAACUUGACCAUCAACCGAGCUCUCCUUGCUCCCGGCUUCGUGGCCGAGAGACGCUAUGGGGGCAUGAAAGGGGCUGCCAUCAACCGCCUGAAGCCCGCUGGCUGUCACUUUAUAGGGAGAGUGCAAGCAGCGGAGACUGGGGUAGCAGCCAUCAGCACCUGCCGCGGCCUGAGAGGUGUAUUCCGAUUGUCAGAUGAAGAUUACUUUAUUGAACCUUUGGAGGGACAUCCCUGGGAAGAAGCCACACCACAGCCCCAUGUUAUUUACAAACGACACCUUCCAGAAAUGAAGGGAAUGCAGGACUCCGACUGGCACGAUGAAUUGAUGGAGAGGAUGAAGAGGAGUAGUCCUGAAGAGAAUAGAACGUGUGGUGUGUCGGAUUCCCUGAAGAACCUGCAGUAUCUGGAAAGUAAACGGGAAAAGUGGGAAAAGAAGCAACAACGAAGGAGGCGGAUCAAACAACGCUCGAUCAGCAAGGAGAAGUGGGUGGAGACUCUGGUGGUAGCUGAUUCUAAAAUGGUGGAGCAUCAUGGCAGUGAAAACAUUGAAGCAUAUGUACUCACCGUCAUGAACAUGGUUGCCGGGUUAUUCCGUGAUGCAAGUAUCGGGAACUCUGUGAACAUCGUCAUAGUCCGUCUUGUGCUGUUGGAGGAAGAUGAGGAAGACCUCAAGAUAACACAUCAUGCUGACAACACACUGACAAGCUUCUGCAAAUGGCAAAAGAAGAUCAACAUUAAAGGAGACAAUCACCCCACACACCAUGAUGUGGCUCUCCUGCUCACACGGAAGGAUAUCUGUGCCGGAAUGAACCGUCCAUGUGAGACUCUGGGAUUGUCACACGUUUCUGGAAUGUGUCAACCCCACAGGAGCUGCAGCAUCAAUGAGGACUCGGGUCUUCCGUUGGCAUUCACCAUCGCACACGAGCUCGGGCACAACUUUGGGAUACAACAUGAUGGGACCGGCAAUGACUGUGAGCCCAUUGGGAAAAGACCUUUCAUCAUGUCUCCACAGCUCCUGUACGACACCAGCCCUCUAACCUGGUCUCUCUGCAGCAGGGAAUACAUCACCCGCUUUCUUGACCGUGGAUGGGGUCUCUGUCUGGACGAUCCACCCAGCAAGGAAGCCAUUGAGCUGCCCUCAGUGGCACCGGGAGUGUUGUAUGAUGUCAAUCACCAGUGCCGGCUGCAGUAUGGAGCCCACUCUGUGUUCUGCGACAACAUGGAUAGCGUAUGCAAUACAUUAUGGUGCACUGUCGGAAACACUUGUCACUCCAAGCUGGAUGCUGCUGUAGAUGGUACCAAAUGUGGAGAGAACAAGUGGUGCUUCGAUGGAGAUUGCAUACCCACAGACCAGCGCCCCGAGAGUACAAAUGGAAACUGGGGAGCCUGGGGUUCUUGGUCUUCAUGUAGUCGAACCUGCAGUGCAGGAAUACAGAGCGCAGAGAGACACUGCAACAAUCCAACGCCUAAGUAUGGAGGUUCAUACUGUCUUGGAGAGAGAAAGAGAUUCAGGAUAUGCAACAUCAAAGCUUGUAUCUCAGACUCGCCUUCCUUUCGUCAAAUACAAUGCAGUCAGUUUGACACAAUGCCUUACAAAGGGAAACUGCAUAAGUGGACCCCUGUGCUCAGCCGAAUUAAUCCCUGUGAGCUACACUGUCGUCCUGUAGAUGGUUACUUCUCCGAGAAGAUGUUGGACGCUGUGAUUGAUGGGACGCCAUGUUUUGAGGGAAACUCCAGCAGGGACAUGUGCAUCAAUGGAAUCUGCAAGAACAUAGGUUGCGAUUAUGAAAUUGAUUCCAACGCACUGGAAGAUCGCUGUGGAGUCUGUCAGGGAAACGGAUCCACCUGUGAGACAGUAAAAAAGACAUUUGAUAAAACUGAAGGACUGGGUUAUGUAGACAUUGGGCUAAUUCCUGAAGGUGCCCGUGAGAUUCGAAUUGAGGAGGUUGCAGAAGCAGGAAACUUCCUGGCCUUGCGGAGUGAUGAUCCUGAGAAGUAUUUUUUAAAUGGUGGCUGGAUAAUCCAGUGGAAUGGAGACUACAAGGUGGCUGGGACAACCUUCACCUAUGAAAGAAAUGGGAAUCUGGAGAACCUCACAUCACCAGGUCCUACCAAGGAGCCAGUGUGGAUUCAGCUGCUAUUUCAGGAGGCGAACCCUGGGGUGCGUUUUGAAUACACUGUUCGACGCGACCUGGAUCAUGAAAAUGAAAUUCAGCCGCCAGAGUUUUUCUGGCGUUAUGGCUUGUGGACGGAAUGCACGGCAACCUGUGGGGGCGGGGUUCAGAGACAGAUUGUGCACUGUUUGGAAAAAAUUGCAGGAAUCGUUGAAGAGCAAUACUGCGACCUCGUAACUCGACCUGACGAUAGACAGAGGAGCUGCCACCCAGAGCCGUGCCCAGCUCGGUGGUGGGUUGGAGAGUGGCAGACCUGCUCUUCAUCCUGCGGAGAAACGGGAAUCAUGAAGAGGACGGCCCUGUGCAUCCAGAGCGUGGGGCUGGACGAGCAGCGAGCCCUGCAAGCCUCCGACUGUCAACACAUGCCCAAGCCUGAAGCCACCAGCCCUUGCAACAGGGAGAUUCCUUGCCCAUCAGACUGGAGCACGGGCAGCUGGUCAGAGUGCUCCGUGACCUGUGGGGAAGGAGUAAGAAGACGUGGUGUCCUAUGUCUGAACAACACCAACAUGACAUGCAGUUUUGAGGUGAAGCCAGCUGUGAAAAGCCAGUGCCACCUGAAACCCUGCCCCCGGCAUAGGACAGGCAUCAGGCUACGAGACUGGUCAGGGAGUGGAGCAUCCAGCAGGGAACUCUACAAUGAAGUGGGUUUCAAUCUGAACUUUGGCCCCAGCAGGACAGUUCAAGAAGACAAUUUAAAUCAAAUUGUUAACAUCCCCAACCCUCAUCCCUCCAAUCUUAAUGCAGAGAUACCCCAGCCACAUCCAUUUGAAGAUAAAAUAAAUAACCAUAUCAAUGAAGACGAUUUCACUGUUGAAAGCAGCAAGGACGAGGAUUCUGCAAAAACCAAUGUCUUUGUAGAUGAUUUCUACUAUGAUUAUAACUUCAUAAAUUUCCACGAAGACCUUGACUAUGAUCCAGAGGAUAGGCUUGUUGUUGAAGAGGAAGAGAAGACAAGUGAGAACAUUAAACAUGAAGAAGAACAUUCAGAAACAAAUAACAUUUCGAACCAUGUUUGGGAGAAGACACCUGACCAAGGCAAGAAUAGAACUUUAAAUGAUCAGCUGGGGUCAGAUGAGUUGGAGAAGAUUCAUUCAGGGCCCACACCCAAUGAAAAGCCCUACAGUCGAGAUGAAAUAGUAGCAACAAAUAAUCCGAUUAUAGGUUCUACCACAAACUCAACGGAUGUUCAACUGAGUGAGGAACAUCCUACUGAGUAUCUCCAAGCAACAAUGGUUACUCAGAGUAUACUGUAUAUCACUGACAGUGAAGAUGAUCAAAAAGAACUGUACGAGGAAGAUGAGUUGCUGCCCGUUCAUAAUACAACAGUGCACAGUGUUAAGGAAAUUAUAUAUCCAGGUUUUCCAAAUGAUGAUCAGAACAGCAUUCACAACACGAUCAGAAUCCACAAUCCUCAUUACUACAGCUCCCCAUCAAUAACAAUGACUACUUCAUCACCACACAACAAUGUAAACAUUCCUAAUACUUCAGAAACAUGGAAGCAGGAGCAUUCUGUAGUCAAACAGAACAAUGAUGACCACAAUACUGGUGAUCGUGGUGCAAGCAAUAGUGAGCAGGAUGGUCAACAUCAUGUAGGUGCUGAAGGAUACACACAUCCUUCAGACAGCAGAGAACAGGGAAGAAGCCUUGAAUCAAAGGAGAAUAUGGAUGAAGACAUGAAGACAAAUCUAUUGAAAGAAGAUGGAAGAGUGCAGAAGGAUGAGCAUGAGAUUGUAAGUGAGAAAGCCCACUUGCCAAGCAGCACACUCAGUAACAGUUAUAAACGAAAUGAUAUGGUCUAUGUAGAUGGCAAUCAGUACCCACACCAAAAUACAGAUGUUACUAUUAAUAAAAACCUUAACUAUUGGGGAAACCUUGGCAGUCUCACCUCCACCACUGAUACUGUAACUCCAACACCUUCAGUCUUCAUUGACCCAAAUGACAUUCCUGCUUCAGAAAUUAUGCAUUGGUCGAUAGAGCAAGGACGAACUUUGGCAAGCACACCAGAAUGGCACAGUUUAAGCAAUUCUUUGAGUUUGCCAGGAAAUGUGAUCCUACCAGGAGAGUCUGGAUAUCAUAAUGCCCAAGAUGUGCACUCACAUCAUAAUUCGCCUUUGACACAAACUCCUCUGCUUUUGACACCAGUUUUAGCCACAUCACUGCCACUGGUGUUCCCAGGAACAAGUCAACCACCGGAAGUAUCAACAUCUCCAGUGACUUUUGCAGUUCUACCAAAUCUGUACUCUCAGCUACAAUCAUGGAGUACAACUGAUGGAAUCCAGUCAAACCAUUUGCACCCAAUUAAGGUAACCCAUCCUGGCCGCUCACUUGUUCAUACAGUGAGUCCACAGUUUAGGCUCCCAACAAGAAGACCACUGACACCAGCAAAUCUACAUCAAGAGAGGACAAGAUUGGUGUCAUCCACAAAUUCAGUAGAAGGGAGCUCCAGAAGAACUACUACCUCUUCUGCUAAAGGCAUUUCUAGUAUUUACCUGUCAGCAACUCCAUCAGCAAGACCUACCUCACAUUUAAGUACAUCGCUGAUGCUAACAGAGAGGACUCAACAAUCAGCCACUGCUUUCCCUGUGGGUACUCCUUGGACUGCUAGCAUGGUGCCACAUGAGACAAUUUCAACAACAAUUCAUCCCAAUGUAGUUGCAAAGGAAACAACAACAACUGCCUUAAUGAAGUUGAAUGCUGAUGAACACACUGCGAAAAUUGGUAAAACUUAUCCAGGAGACACUGAUUCAGAUAUCAGGAAUGGCUCCCCAAGAACCACCGUGAGCACCUGGCCAGUGGCAUCCCCUGAAAUGCAUCCUCCUGCUGUCUCCAGACACAAGCCUUUGUCAAAGUCAAGUUUGGAAGUCCAAACAACUCCAACGAGCUCAGUAAUGGAAGCAACCACAAACCCAGUCUCUGAGGUAUCAGCAGAAUCCAGUGCUUACUGGGUGAUUGGAAACUGGAGUGAGUGCUCCACUACUUGUGGAAUGGGAGCAAUAUGGAGAACAGUGCACUGCAGCACAGGCUCUGAGAACGACUGCAACAAGACCAAGAGGCCAGUUCCAGCUCGGAGAUGCUACAUCAGACCCUGCUCAACAUGGCGUGUGGGCAACUGGAGUAAAUGCUCCAGGAACUGUGGUGGUGGCGUGAAGAUCCGGGAUGUCCAGUGCAUUGACACCAGGGACAGAAGGCACCUGCGGCCUUUUCACUGCCAGUCCGUCCUCCACAAGCCCCCAACCAGUCUCGCCUGCAAUUCCAAGCCUUGUAUGGACUGGUACAUAUCAGCAUGGGGAGAAUGUUCCAAAGCCUGUGAUGGAGGAGAGCAAGAAAGGCUGGUCAUGUGCCCAGAAUACGGGCGCUGUGACGAAAUGUUACGAAUGAACAGUACGAGGAUGUGCAAUGACCACCCCUGUACCAAGUGGAUGAAGGGCUCAUGGGGACGGUGCACCGUUCGCUGUGGGGGAGGAAUACAGCGACGUCUGGUGAAGUGCAUAAAUACAGUGACUGGUCAGGCAGAGGAGGACAGCAGCCGGUGUGACCAUGAGCCCUGGCCUGAGAACACGCAGAAAUGUAACCUGCAAGAGUGUGACCCCAGCGAGCAGAGUUAUGUCUGUGAGCGAGAUCGGCUGACGUUCACCUUCUGUCAGACGCUUAGGCUCUUGGGCCGGUGCUAUCUUCAAACCGUGCGGGCACAGUGCUGUCAAACAUGUCGACCACAUGGAGUACGAGACCGUGGCAAUGAACGCGUGUCAAGGAGAUGAGAAACUAACACUGAUGCCACAAAAAUAAGACUUCAGAAAAAUAAUAAUGCAAGAAAAUAAAAGGAUUACAGGGACUGAAAGGCACAAAAGCAAUUCAGGAAAAAGAUUUGUUAGAAGUCACUGAAGUGUGGACAUUUUGUUAUAAAAAACGUAUGUAUAAAAGAAAGAGUCUUUCUUUCAGUAUUCUUGUUUAUGCAACCAUAUUGACAGGAUAGCAAUCCAAACUUGAUUGAAACCAAAAUAAGACUUUACAAUAUUGGGAUUGCUCGACAAGGUCUGAGGCCUAGCGGUUGCUAUAGUUACACACCGUCCUUUCAAGUGGUGCUCCUAAUCUUCAAGAAUAACACCUCUCCCGUUUUAACACAACCACGUGUCUCCCAAAAGUGGUUUGAGAAGUGCCAUUUUUGUGAGUUUUGUUCAUUGUAAAAGGCACGUUUAACGGCACAUAUAACUUGAAGGGCCAAGAAGGCAGGAGUAAAGAUGCCACGUGGUGCUGCUGUGUCCGACCAGCAUCCUUUAACCUUUCCCGGGUGUUGCUGGGCAGCACAGAACUUUUACAUACUUGAAUGUUUUUUAAUCCUAUUUUAUUUUCGACUUUCAAAAGCCAAGAUUAGGUGAGAGAUUAUGUGUCGUUCUGAUUGAUGUACAACAAGCUGGAGUUAUGGUGCUAAUAAUCCUUAAAAAAAAAGUUGUUUUUUUUUGUAAGGGGCUGUCUAACAAUACAGUGCACACAAGCCUGUGCUUUUCUUUCUACUGAAUAAUAUGUGUAUGUAUGUAGCAAUGGUAAUAUUCAGUGAAAAAAAUUGCAGAGUGGGUCAUGUGGAACAACAAUCGAUGGCAUUUAUAUCUCCACUAAAUACUUUCCAACAGAACAGUACAAAAUGGAAGUUUUCUCUAAAUAUUAUGUCAGAUUACCACCUCAUCUCUCAGUUUGAGUCUCUCUGUGUUGCAAUCUUCCAUGUUUGAAAUUGCCACUGUCUGAGCUUGCCUCUCUUGUGCUUUUCCGACAUAUUAAACUUGACAUCUGACACUGUCUGCCUCCUCCCCUGUGCCUCAUUGUGUGACAGGGAUCACAGCACAAAGUAAUCAGAGUUAAGAUAUUGUAGCCCUAUUCUCCAACACAAACUCCUUCAGAUUGCAGCUUCCUCCCUCCAAAAGUAUGAGAUGUGUACUUGUAUUUUGUGUUACAAGUUUUGGCCCUUCAUCUGGCUCACACACACACAGACACACACACGCACAGACAUACUCACACAGACGUACACAUACAAAUACUAACUCAGGUUUCAGCUAUUGUGCAUAAUCCGCUCAGUUUUGUACCCCAGUGAGGGUUAUGUGUUGUCCUAUGAAUAACACACUCCCUAGCUCUUUGGCUUUUUGAUCCUUGAACAGUCUGACUCACACAAAAACCCAUUGUGUUUAAGUCUCCACCAAGCUCCACCCCACCCCCACUAGGGCUAUCUGUCCCUCGCUCAUCCUGCUUUCUACCCUUAAU